GUGUGAGUGGAGAAGACCAAGGUAAACUCUUGUUGUCUGACCACAAUAGUCUUGUCCACCGUCAUUUCACAUAUAUAUGAGUACCAUAUAAAUCUCUCUUUUUCUGUAUCGAGCUGCUUUUGGGUCUGUCAUGGCUGGAAGAAAAAGAAAGAAGAUAAAAUCUUUAGCUGAAGCAUUAAAUGAUGGUCAAAUAUCGAAUGAGGAUGCUAAAGAAGCCGUUGACCUAUGGUCUGAGCUCCCCAUGGAGCUCUUGGAAUUGAUAAUUUCGCGGUUGACUUUGAAGGAUAAUAUUUGCAUCUCUGCUGUCUGCAAGAAAUGGCAGUCGGCGGCUAUUUCGGUCAGGGUGGUACAAAAAUCGCCAUGGAUUAUGCACUUUCCUAAACAUGGCGAGUUGUUUGAGUUCUACGACCCUUGUCAGCGCAAGACUUAUCUUGUCGAGCUUCCAGAGUUGCGCAGCUGUAGGGUUUGUUAUGCAAAAGAAAAUUGGUUACUUCUAUAUAAGCCCAUGACGCAACGUUUGUUGUUUUUUAAUCCUUUUACGCGAGAGUUAAUUAAAUUACCCAAAUUCGAGCUGUCAUACCAAAUUGUUGCCUUUUCUUCUGCUCCUACAUCUCCCAACUGUCUUGUUUUCACGGUUAGACAUGUUAGCCCAACAGUUGUUUCUAUUAGCACAUGUAACCCUGGAGCAACACAGUGGAGUACGGUUAAUUACCGCAAUCGCUUGCCAUUUGUUAGCAGUAUUUGGAACAAGCUUGUCUUUUGCAAUGGACUCUUUUAUUGUCUAAGUCUGACUGGUUGGCUAGGAAUUUAUGAUACACAAGAACAUACUUGGACUGUCUGUGGCGUUCCCCCACCCAAAUGUCCAGAAAACUUCUAUUCGAAAAAUUGGUGGAAGGGAAAGUUUAUGACAGAGUAUAAAGGUGAUAUUCUUGUUAUAUACACUUGUGAGAAUGAAAACCCUAUUGUAUAUAAGCUUGAGCGCACAAAUUGGACAGAAAUGAAUACACUUGGAGGUGUGACACUCUUUGCUAGUUUCUUAACGUCUCAUGCAAGAACAGAUCUUCUUGGAGUAAUGAGAAAUAGUGUUUAUUUCACAAAAGUUCGCUUUUAUGGAAAGAGAUGCGUAUCAUAUUCUCUUGAUCACACUAGGUAUUAUCCUAGAAAGCAGUGUCAUGACUGGGGAGAACAAGAUCCUUUUGAAAGCAUUUGGAUUGAACCGCCAGAGGACUUCACCGACUUUGUGAAGACUUAGCAAAGCAGUUAACUUGGCAAGAGUAUGUUAGGUGCGGCAUAUGACUUUCCAGAUGUGCAAAAGCGUUGAAAGCAUCAGCACAGACACAGGAUUUCCCGAGACAUGAGAAGAACAGUAUGCUAUCAUUGUUUGUGAUGAGCAUUGUUGUAUCUUUAGGAUGUUUUGAAUUAUACUUUGCUUCAGGUAAAUUUUCUAGAGUAGAGAAUAAGGUAGUUGUUGGAUGUUAAGCUUGGCUAAAUGUACUGUUAUAGGGUGGAUGGUCUUCAGUUGCUCCACCCUAGGCAGAUUGCUAGUAGAAAAUGCUAGUUGUUGAAUGUUAAUCUGGCUAAAUGUACUGGGUGCAUUGACAAGCAACAUAACAGGCUUGUUUACUAGA